CCUCCCGGUGGCUCGGCGCUCUCCUGCCAUCGCUCUCGCCCCCUCUCCCUCCGUCCCGUCCUCUCCGCUCCCCUCUGCCCGCCUCUCUCCCCCUCCCCCAGCCCCUCCUCUCCUCACCCCACCCGGCCUCCUCCCUCCCUCAGCCCGCCCGCCCGGCGCUCGCAGAGCCGACACCAGGGGGGCUCUCGAUGUAGCACCAUGACAGGCAUCGCCGCCGCCUCCUUCUUCUCCAAUACCUGCCGCUUCGGGGGCUGCGGACUCCACUUCCCCACCCUGGCCGACCUCAUCGAGCACAUCGAGGACAACCACAUCGAUACCGAUCCACGUGUUUUAGAGAAACAAGAACUGCAGCAGCCAACCUAUGUCGCCCUCAGUUACAUCAAUAGAUUCAUGACAGACGCUGCCCGCCGAGAGCAGGAGUCCCUCAAGAAGAAGAUCCAGCCGAAGCUCUCGCUGACCCUGUCCAGCUCAGUGUCCCGAGGGAAUGUGUCCACGCCGCCACGCCACAGCAGUGGCAGCCUUACUCCGCCCGUGACCCCGCCCAUCACCCCCUCCUCUUCCUUCCGCAGCAGCACUCCGACAGGCAGCGAGUACGACGAGGAGGAGGUAGACUACGAGCAGUCAGACAGCGACGAGUCCUGGACCACAGAGAGCGCCAUCAGCUCCGAGGCCAUCCUCAGCUCCAUGUGCAUGAACGGCGGCGAAGAGAAGCCUUUCGCCUGCCCGGUGCCUGGGUGCAAGAAGAGAUACAAGAAUGUGAAUGGCAUAAAGUACCACGCUAAGAAUGGUCACAGAACACAGAUUCGUGUCCGCAAACCAUUCAAAUGUCGAUGCGGGAAGAGUUACAAGACAGCUCAGGGCCUGCGGCACCACACAAUCAACUUCCACCCCCCCGUGUCGGCCGAGAUCAUCAGGAAGAUGCAGCAAUAACCCGCUGGUUGUAACUGUGCCAAGAAAUCCUCACCAGCAGUUGCUGAUUUUGAAAACAGCCACCUUUUUUCAGGGGAAGCACUCAGCAACCCUUUAAAGAGUUAAAUGCAUGCUUUAAACCUUUUCUGUAAUUUUGGAAUGAUGUAUCUUUGUAGCGUUCAUGAUUUUGUACAUUUGCACAUGGAAUCAUCUACCCACUUUCAUUACUUUGAUGUAAGGUGCUAAACAAACAAGCUCCAGGUUCUUCAGCACAUUUCCCCCAAAACAAAAUAAAACGGAGGGCAUGUUGCAUAUUGUUCAGUUGUACUGCAGUGGUGUCGACUGGGGGGAGGAGGGGCUGGCACUUAGAUUUUUUUCCCCAAGAUUGUAAUGUGAUUGAAGUUUUUCAACACAUCAACUCACGUAUGUUCAAAACCAAAACAAUACCUUCAUUAUCAAGCUGGUUACCAUGCCUUACAUAAUGCAGUUAGUAUUUGUGAGUAGAAAGACUUUAGGUCAUGGAAAUAUAAAGAAGAAUGUUUAACAUAUGCUAAAAAUAUUUUCAUAUUUAAAUAACAUACAUAAAAGGUGUGCUUUGUGUUUUAUAUUAUCUUGCAAAUCCUUUUGCCCUUUCAAAGCUGAAAAUCUUGCCAUCUGACGUACCAAUAAUUUUAGUGUUAUAAUAUGGCAUUUUUCUUUCUUAUCAGAUAGUCUGUUCAGUUCACUCAUUAACACACAUUCGAGUGCCUGCUGGGUGCGAGAGAUUCAACUGAUGCCUAUUGUGAUCUGCGGACCAAGAUACCAGUUUAGUGAAAUACUUUUCCCUGAAAUCUGUUAGCGUGAACACUUUGAAAUACGUAAGUGCAAAUUUUGUGUGUGAAAUGUAGUGACAUCUUCAUCUCCAGGUGAAGUUUUAAAGCACUUUGUAGUUCUCGAUUGCCAACAGUUUACUGUUUGUGUGUUGCCAAUUCAUGCAACCCCUGCCCCGAACAAACCUGUGGGUUGCAAAUCAGAAUUCUAAGCACGUUGCAGAGGCGCGUUUCUGUGACGGCCCUGGCGCCGCCUCCUCACACUCACCGUGUCGAGACUUUCUUUAAGGCACUUUUCCCAUCACAUUGUUCGUGUCUACAUCCUCGUUGGAGAUGUCUGUUUAGCUUUAUAAAACAUUUUGCUGAAAUAUGAAAAUGAGCCUUACUGACAAUUAAGUGCUUCUUGCAGCAGGUGGUCAAAGAAAAGAGUGACUAAUAUGACCUGUUAGAGUAACCUACAUCUGGACCAUUCCUGAAGUUUUUCUCACCGACAGUACCAUCAUGCCUUGAGUGUUUUCUCCCAAGUGCUAUUCCUUAAGAGAGUUUACCAGUUGCCUACUUAUGCAAUAAAAAUUGCUUGAGACAGCGAACCACCCACAAAACGGCUGAAAAGCAGUCUCGCCUUGCUUACCACUUUCUUCCCAUGUUCCCAUUGGACGGAAAGUUCUACACAUCGCUGGGAAGCAGGGGUCCCUCCUCAGCUUUUCAUUUUUGAGAUGACAUCUCUACUAACCAGAUGAGUAAGCUUCUAUAUUCGUAAGUUUAGAAUCCCUCAUAAUGAGGGAUUUUAAAGUAUUUAUAAAGACACUGCCCUCUAAAAAUUUCCUCAAAUUUCUAAGAGUGGUCUUGGUCCUGAACAUAGUGCUAUCCUGUUUGUUUAAAAGGGUGAUCCAGACAGAGAAGCAACUAGUUGGUGCAUAAGAAGGCCCUACUUGGCUGGUUCAUAUCUACCUAUAAUUGACCAAAAAGAAAAGAAAAAAAAGGUUUAUAGGCCAGCAAUUUUCUUUUAGCUUUGCUCCUUCUAGUGCAAAAACCUGCAGGCUGGAUCAAUAGUUCAAACGGCUAAACAGUCAUAAAGUAGUCAUUGUGCAUGUUCAAUUUCGUUCAAUGAUAAAACAAAUUCCAAUCUGUAUUUACUUAUUCAUUGUGACAGUAUUACUGAACAGGUAAGGAUGGAAUAUUUUGUUAUACCGUGUAUAGUGAAUGUACUGUACUGUGUCUGUGACAACUGUGCUUUAAAUUAUAUUUUCGUAUGUUUUGUUGGGGACAGAGCACAUUAAGUUUGAAAGCAACAGAGGUUUUAGAACUGAAGGCAACUUAAUCAAAAUUCCUGUCAAGAAAAGCUGCUUAUAAAUGUAAACAAAAUCACAUUUAAAAUAAACUGCCUCUGACCCAAAAUAUACACGGUUC